AUGCUGGUCGAACAAGAUAAAGCCAGAAGACAGUCACCGCCAGAUCCUCGUCCUGGGUCAAAUCUGGACGAGGAUGCUAGUGGAAGCCGAGAUAAUGAACAUGAACAUGAACAUGAAGAUGAGACGGCGAAUACAUGGGAGAAACUGCAGAAACUGCAGAACCUGGAAACCCAGCUCCGCAGCAAGAACGAGCUUCUCCUACACGAAGCCGGCGCAAAGCACGGCGACGUCGACGUCGCAGAGAGACUUCUAGGAGAGGGCGCAAAUCUCGACUGCAGGGAUAACAACGAUGCACGCCGCACGCCGCUGCAUAAAGCCUGCGCUGCUGGGACGGUGGGUAUGAUUCGGUUUCUGGCCUUGCGGGGGCGGGGCAGCGAGGUUGUUGUGAAUAUGGAGGAUUCCCAUGGGGAGACGCCGCUGCAUCUUGUUGCGGGGAGGGAUUGGGUUGAGAUGGAGGGUGGGGAGGAAGGGGAGGAGGAUGGGGUUAUGGCUGCGACGGAGUUGUUGCUGCAUGGUGCGGAUACGGGCAGGCAGGAUAGCAUGGGCUGGACGGCGCUGCAUAGGGCGGUAACGGCGAGGAAUGCGAAGAUAGGGGGGUAUCUUACGGAAAAUGCGGAUGUUGAUAUUGCGGACUUGUCAGGGCGGCGGGCGUUGCAUUUGUGUGUUGCUGCUGGGAGUGUGGAAAUGGUGCAUGGUCUUCUUCGGCAUGGAGCGGUUAUUGACAGGAGGGAUCGAUGGGGACGGACGGCGCUGCAUGAAGCUUGUGGGCGUGGUUGGAAGGAGGGAGUUGAGGCGUUGUUGUGCCAUGGGCCUGAUAUCUCUCUGGAAGACGAGGAUGGGUUGACGGGGAUGCAACUAGCCAGGGACCGGGGGGCCGAUGAUAUCGUGGAGCUGCUUGAGGAUCGGAUAGGAAAGUCAGCAUCAUACGAUCGUGUACGACCGACUACGAGUCAACACGAAGAGCCAGUCCCAGAUACUGGGAUAAAAGAUCAAGGCAAUAUCUGGGCCGGCGUGACCCGUGAAGACGGAGACGGCUUCCUGCUGGCCAGCUACAACAAACACGACAUCAGCUUUGCUGCGAAACUCGAGUCCAUCUCCCCCUGCGUCCACGAGGGCAAGGAUAUGCACGAGGUCCAGAUCAAGCUCAACUUCAUGCGGCCCUACUCGAUGGACCACCGUAUUCGCUAUGCAAAAGUCGACGCGAUGCUCAGUGCCGGCUCAGGAGCCCCCAAUAUCCGCGGCAUCAUGCCCCAGGCAGACCGGGUGGAAGUAUCUGAGCAGGAAGUGUCGUCAGGGCAAAAGUUCACUGUCGGUGCUGCCGGGGGUGGCGGCCCAUCGAAUCUCAAUAUCAGCCUGGAGGGCUCCAAGAACAAGACAUCAACGUUUAAAGGAGUGCGGAUUAUCCACGGCGCCAUCCAAGACAAGACUCACGCUUCCUGGCGAUUGUACGAAGAGCCAGGGAGUAAAAGCGGACUGCCCGAGAUCGUUCGACUGCUCUUACUUGUGCAUUGCAGUGCAGACUUUAACCUCCAGCUCGGCCUCUCCGUCACAGCCUGCCAUUUCCUGACAUUCGGCAUCCCUCGCACGCUGAAAGCGCCAGCUGGCCUGUCGUAUACAGUGCCCAAGCUGAGUGUCAUUGCCGCAUACGAGCAAGAAUCCCGCCUCAAGCAAGUCCUCGAUGUCGCAGACCGCGCAGCAGCAGUCGUCGAGGAAGCGAAAAGACUGCAGGACAUGUUCAGCCAAGCCAUGCGAGGGCAUGAAAAGCGAGGGUUGAUAAUGGAGGCUGGCAGUAAAGUGAACCACUUCCAAGAGUGGACGGAUAUCCUCGACGACUCCAGGUUCAGCGACUUCAGGGCCCUGCAGGGGAAGUUAUUGGAACUCGAUGAAAGCCCGAGACGCACUCGUCGGAUCAUAGAACGCACAUCCUGGGAUGAUUCCAUCUCAGAACCCAGGGUAGAGAGAGGCGCAUCUGGGAGGAACUAUGGGCGUGUGCGUAUAGAGAGACCGUACGGGGGGUACAGCCGCCGUAGGAGAGACGACGAUGACGAUUCAUACACCUAUCGCCCGCGCCGUAGGAGGGACUACGAUGACGACGAGAUCUAUGGGGAUGAUCCAUACACCCCUCGCCCACGCAAUGCAAUCCACUCGUUCUCUGCUGUUGGUCCAGGGUACCAUGUGUCUCGUUUGGCAUGA